AUGUCUGACGAUGGAGUUGUUGCAGAAAAGAGGAAUCGUGGAAGAGCCCCAAAACCGAAUGACGUAAAUGACAAAGACUCUAAAGACUCUAAAGAAACAAAAAAACGUGGCAGACCAUCUAACAAACUACCAGCUAAAGCUGAAAAGAAGAUUGAAAAAGAAGGUGAAAAUGGUGAACCAGCUGCCAAAAGAGGAAGAGGAAGGCCAAAGAAGAGUCAAAAGAAAGCCAAAGCUCCGUCGUCAGGAAGAGGACGAGGCAGACCACCAGCAAAAAAGGUAGAGAAAGAGGAAUCUGCUGAAGAAAAUGACGAGGAAGAGGAAGAAGAAGUUGAGGAUGAAGAUUAA